AUGAGUGGAGGCAAAGAAGAAGGUCAAGACAAAAGAAAUUCCUUAGAGACAUUUGACGGAAGUGAUGCUUCUCUUUAUCGUCGGUGGCGACGCAAAGCAGAGCUGUACCUCAUGGGAUUGCCCACAACAGUCCCAGAAUCUCGAUGGGGUCCUAGACUGUUAGAGCAUGUUGCUGGCGAAGCAGAAGAGGCACUAGAGCAUCUUGAUGUUCACACGAUCACCUCUGACAAGGGGUAUAAGGAAGUCUUCAAGGUGCUCGAUGACAAGUACAAGGAGUUGGACAAGGAUGAGAUGCAGAGAUGUUUGAAGGAGUACUUCUAUGCUGCAACGAUCAAGCCCAACGAGACCUACCGGAAUUUUGUGACCAGGGUGGACACAGCAUAUCGAGGUCUUCAGAGACACAAGAUAGAACUUCCGGAUGAGGUACGUGGUUGGAUUGUGCUUAGAAAGCUAGCUCUCGACAGCACCUCGGAGGCUCUAGUCAUGACUUCGACCAAGGGUUCUCUGAAGUAUGCUGAAGUUGUUCAAGCAUUGAAGGCAGUGUUUCCCAAUGGCAAGGGGAGCAGCAACAUCAGGUCCAAAGACAAGGAUGUUUUCCUGGCCAGCGAGGAAAGGAUGACAGAAGUCGAUGGACAAGCUGGAACACCGGAAGAAGCCUUUUCCGUUGAAGAACCAGCGGAAGUCAUGGAAGUGAUCUCAAAUCAACUUCAAGAGGUCUCUGACUAUGAGUCUGAAGAUGCCCUGGAGAUCUUCGAGACAUAUGCCAAUGUUCGCAAAAAGAUGCAGGAAAAGAAGAUGUCACGAGGAUACAAGCCAGUUGGUCGAGGACCAGAACAAUGGAAACUGGAGGGCUCAGUGAGAGGCCGGAUUGAACUCUUGAAACAGAAGACACGCUGUCAUCAUUGCCGUCGCACAGGGCAUUGGAAGAAGGAAUGUCCCUUGAAAGCGCAGAGCUCCAACUCAGGCAAGAAGGUGGCUCCUAAGACAGGAACUUCCCAAGAGGUCAACAUCAUUGAAGAGAUGGUGGACGGGGAGAAGAUCUUUGAGAGCUACAUCCUUGAUGAGUCUGAGAUUCAGAAGCCAGGCCCAGAGACGAUGUCAAAGAAUGACGUGUUGAAUGGUCGCAAAGGCCGGAAGGAUGAAUGGAGCUAUGAUGAGAAGACUAUGUGGCUGACUCGAAAUCACCAGACGGUGAGAAAAGGCAUGUUCACACCACAUGGAGUCCGGGAUAUUCCGGUGGAUGAGAAGAGCUUGACCGGAGAUCGCGUCACAGUCAUGAAGAAUGUGAAGACAGGAGCAGUGGAGGAAAUAUGUGACAACUACCACACUGCAAAAGUGCCACACCAGAAAAUGAACUACCAGUGGACUGGUAUGACCAAGUUCAAGGUUGACGCGAUGAAGGACCACGGCAAGUUGAUCGCCGCGACCCAGGUGGAUCACGAGGAAAUGUUGGUCAAGUACGAGAAGGAUGUUCUCGAAAUAGUGAGUGAGGGGGCGCAGCCGAGUUUUUCCACAAGUGAGCCUGUAGCCGGGCUUGACACCCAUGCAGUUCCCGACACUGCGUGUCGACGCACGCUCAUUGGGGAUUAUGUGCUUUCGCAGCUUGAGUCUAGGCCAUUGCACACCACUGCUUUUGUCAAAGGAGUGCAAAUGUCUGCGCUGGCGCAGCAGCUGAUGCAGACGCUGGACUUCACAGAGGAGAUCACGGUGACAGCGGAACUGCUGGACCGCCUGAGCGAUUGCAGCGAAGACGAACCAGAAGUACCCGUAUCGGGCCAAGAGAUGAUGAAAGCUGGCAAGUACCAGAACAAGAGCACCAUGGCCGAGGCAUACACCACCGACAAGAAGCAUGUGAAGUGGGUGAGGAACAAUGUGAAGGCAGAGACAUCAGGACAAGAGAUGCGCAGGUAUCGCCUGUAUGUGGAAAUGCGGGAUCAAAUGAAGACCAAGCGCAUUGUGGAGAAUCAGGACUACAAGAAGAACUCACAGCAUCCCAUUGUGAAGAAGGGUCUGACCGCAAAGAGUGCAGCGAGUCCCCAGAUGAUUGCCAAGAAAUCCGGGGGCUACAGCAGCACCGAAAUGCCACCAGAAGAAGGUCGUCGACGCGGCAGAGAAGGUUCUGGAUGGAUCAACGAGAUGUCAGGCCACGAGAUGGAAUGGGACGACGAGGUCAAAGAAAUGCUGGCCAACGAAGUCGAUCCCUAUGUCCAGAAACAGUGGGAGGCAAUUGUAGAGUGCCUGGAAUGGACCGACACCAUCAUGCUGGAGAAAAUGAACAAGGUGGCCGAGAUCAUGGGCAUUCAGGAGACAGUGAAGAUGUUUCGCCAUGUUCUGGAGCCCAAGGAAAAGUGCGAUGUGAUGAUUAUUAGCCAGCAUCACUUGUCAGAGGCUGAAGUAGCCGAAGUGUUUUCAGCGCCACGAGUAAGUGCUGCAGCAGAGGCUGUGGGGUUGAAGUGUGGUCCAACAUAUGAUUUGAUCACUGGAACCGACCUGUCCGAUGAAAAAGAAAGAGCGCGCGUCCGUCAGGAGUUGGCAGUUAGGACACGUUUGGCUCAAGAGUAUCCCCGGAAAAUGGUGAAUGCGUUGCUGACUGGGUUUCUCAGGGAUAGAGAAGAAAGAAGAACUAGUCAUGCAGUUCACUGUGUUUUGGCAAUUGAACAGCUGGACACACGAGAUGAGAAGAAAAUUGCCAUGUUGUUGAAACGGUGUCAUGAGAACUUGGGACAUCCAUCUACUCCACGGUUUGUUGGCAUGUUGAAGAGUGCACGAGCGACAGAGCAGUGCAUCAAGAUUGCGAAGGGAUUGAAGUGUGCUACGUGUGAUCAGUUUCAAGCACAGAAGUCCCAUCAUGUGUCAAAGCCUGCACCGCUCUUGCACUUCAACGACUUGAUUGCUGUGGACACAUUUGAGGUUGAGUUGUCAUGGAGGAAGUUGAAGGUUUGUGUUCCCUUGUGGAAAGGCAUCGAGGUUAAGAGAACCAGGGAGGCGUAUAGGAGGUACUGGAAGAGAUGGGCCGGAGCUCCUAAGAAAGUCCUGUCUGAUGGUGGACCAGAAUUUGCACAUGAUGUCACUGCAAGUUAUAGCCCAUGGCAAAAUGGUUUGUGUGAACGAGCAGGAGGUGUGUGGAAAGUUGCGUUUGCAAAGUUGGCUAUGGAGAUGGAUCCCGGGAGUAAAAGUGAAGUUGAGGAAGUGUGUGAUCAAGUCACUUGUGCACGGAAUGCGCUUGUUAGAAAAGAGGGUUUUUCACCUAGUCAACAUGUAAUUGGUCAUGAUGUUCGAAUUCCAGGGUCUCUGUUGCAUGUUGAAGCAGCAGAAGCUGUUGAGUCUGCUCUGGAACAAGGAGAAACGAUGCAUCAGCGAGCUCAUAGGAUUCGCAUGCUUGCACGAAAGGCCUUCUUAGAGGCAGACUGCGAAGAGAGAAUCAGGAGGGCGAUUGGACAUAGGACCAGACCAUUGAGAGGACCUUUUCAUAUUGGUCAAGAAGCCAUGAUUUGGAGAAAAGGCCAGAAUGAGUCCAAAUGUCACUGGCAUGGUCCCGGUAGGAUCAUAGGAACUCAACACAACAAAGUGUGGGUGUCUCUAGGAACCAAAGUGUAUAGGUGCUCACCUGAACAGGUGAAAAGAGUUCAGGAUGAAGUUGCAAACCUCAUGUCAUGGUUGCCAGAGAAUCUGCAACGUCACAGAAACAUGAUCCGUGAGCGAGGUGCGGGGAAUCUUGUUGAGUUAGACCUGAGAGAAAAUCCUCCUGUGCAAGAACAGGAAGAAGGAAACUGGGUACCAGAGGUCAAUCAACAGGUUUCCUCACAGGAUGUUGAUCGACAGCUUGAUGAUGAAAAUCUUGAAACCGAUGAUGAACCCAUGGGAGUUGUCAGUGAAAACGCCGGUGAGGAUACCGAGACUACAGUUCCAAAUCAGAAUGAAGCACCUAGAGUGCCAGCACAGGAACUGGUGGAGCCGGCAGUUGACAUGGAGAUGCAUGACAUGAAUCAGCAUGACAUGGACACGCAUGACAUGAAUCAGCAUGACAUGGACACACAUGAUGUAGGUCGACAUGUUGGUCAUGGUCGUGGCAUGAGUGGAGUUGAGCCCGAAAGAGAGAGAGAGCCUGUCAUGUCCGUGAUUCAACAACCGAGGACAACUGAGAGUCCUGGAGGAUACGCACCAGUUAGAACGACUAGGUUGACGGAAGCGUUGCGAAGGAACUUGAAUACUCUUGACUUUGGUAGGCCUAGUAAUGCUCCUAGGAGACCCGAUGCCGAAGAUGUUGACGAUGCACUUGAAGUGCAAGUGUUGAGUGAAAAGCAUGAUCGUGGACAUGGGCAAGUUGGUGUAGGAUUUGAAGAGGUGUUUGUGACAAACAUGAAGAAGCAGAGUCGCAAGGAAAUCAAUCCAAAGACCUUGAGCCCAGAGAAGCUCAAGGAACUUGACUUGGCUAAAGCCAAGGAAUGGUCAAAAAUGAUGAACUCUGGAGCGAUCAAACUGCAUGUAGGAAAAGCUGCUAGGGAGUUGGUUGAAGAGGUAGGAAUUGAAAGGGUUCUUGGCACAAGGUAUGUAUACACCACAGACGAUGGAACACUUGAAGGAACUCUGAAAGCAAGAUGGUGUGUACAAGGUUACAUGGAUCCUGACGUGCUGGAUCUGAACACUGCGUCACCAACGUUGUCCAUGGAAGGGUUUGCAGUCACAGCCCAGCUAAUAACUAGCAUGAACUGGAAAAUGAAAAUAGCCGAUGUGGAAGCAGCGUUUCUGAGAGGAGAAGCGAUGUCCAGAGCUCAAGGCAAGGUGUUGGUUCGAGUUCCAAAAGAUGGCAUUCCUGGAGUGGAAAGCGAUGCCAUUAUUGAACUUGUGAAACCGGUAUAUGGGUUAGUUGAUGCCCCCAAAAGAUGGUGGAAUACGUUGAGCCGCACACUAGUGUCACUUGGCAUGAGUCAGAGUAAGCUGGACAGUUGUGUUUUUGUCAGUCGUCACCCGGAUACCAAGGAACUUUGUGGCUGUAUUUCUGUUCAUGUGGAUGACAUGUUAAUAGGAGGUAACAUGUGGUUUUAUGAGAAUAUUUUUCAUGAACUGAGUAAGAUUUUUCCGUUCAAACAUGUGAAAGAAGGCAAGGGUGAAUUUUUGGGAAAGUUUUUGGAACAAAAGGAUGAUGGUACGUUGGUUGUGCACCAGAAAGAAUAUGCUGAAGCUGUCAAAAGCAUUGCGCUAAGCAAAGAGAGGAGACGUGAGAGAGAGAGCAAAGUGACCGAACGAGAACGGAGUCAGAUGAGAGCUGUCCUAGGAGAAGUCAACUGGCUUGUCACAGGGAGUCGUCCAGAUUUGGCCGGAAUGUGUUCUUUGUUGCAGCAGAAAGUUGCAAAUGCCACUGUCGAAGACAUUAUUGCAGUCAACAAAGCUGUUGCACAUGUACACGAUUUUGCAGGCAUGGAAAUUCGGUUCAAGCCCAUUGAAAUAAAGGAUGUUGAAAUCGCAGUCUGGUCGGACGCUUCUUUUGCCAACACCAUUGACAGAAAAAGUCAAGGUGGUUAUUUGAUAGCUGCUGUGGAUAGGAAUCUAAGAUCCAACAAGUGGUCAGUAGUUUCUCCAUGGCGUUGGAGGAGUUUCCGACAGGAAAGACAGGUGUCAUCAACCUUAGGAGCUGAGCUGUUGACUAUGAGUAGGGCAAUAGCAGAAGCGAAAUGGAUGAGAUCCAUGUGGACUGAGAUUACAUGUCAGAACUACACCCUGGAGUCAGAUGGUUUGAGGUCAUUGAGAACUCCAAUCACGUUGAUGAUUGAUUCGAAACCUGCCUAUGAUCACCUUCAUGGACAGGCCAUGAGCAUCAAAGACAAACGACUGGCGAUAGAGAUGUUGUUAGUCAAGCAAGACGUGGAGAAGGAAAACAUAGAAGCCCGAUGGAUUCCUACAGAUCAAAUGCUGGUAGAUAGUCUUACGAAGGUUGGUGCUCCAAUGUGUCUACUGAGAAGAGUGCUCAAGGAGGGCAGAUUCGUUUUGGUCCAAAACGAAGAGAUGCAGAGAUGGGCUGGCAAGAUAGCGAGGAAGUCUCAGCAUGGCUGA